UACCUAGGUAGCAUGUCCAUGUCCAUGUCCAUGUCCAUGUCCUAGGCUAAGCUAGUGCUGAUAACCCCCUGUGAAGGAGGGAUCUACAAUACCUACGCCUGGGAUGAAGAUUCUAGAGCAUUAAGGCCUACAUGUGCGCCGUAGUACGGGUACGUUGUUUAUGUGUAGGUAUGUAUAGUGCGUCUGUGUGUGUAGGUGAAUGCAAAUGUAGUAUGGUAUUAGUUUUUGGCCCCUCUCUAUCUGGGCUGUGUCACCUGCCUGUCCCCCGUCCUGCCGUCCCCGUCCCCCAUUAUCCAUUAUCCAUUAUCCAUUAUCUCCCUCUACUCGCUUGGCCCCUCGCUGACGAUGGGAUCGUGGGUUCUAGUAUUAGUGCCACUAAGUAUUAUAAGUUCCGGGCAUCCUCCCCGUUCCCUGCUCUCUCAUCCUUCCUAACGCACAAUAAAUACAAAAAGUGCGGUCGGUCAUACUUCGAUCUGCACGCUCGAAUAUCGAAAGUGCUGACCGCAGACUUUCGUUUUAGCCCUUGAGGCCGAGACGAUAUAACACGUCUCUCUGUGUUUACGCCGGUAACAUCAAAGUCUUAUUCGUCGCAUUCACGAUUUAAAGUUGUACUUUCCAAUUCCAAACGGGUACCGAUCACCGACCGAUAGCAAUAGCAACAGCAACAGCAACAGCAACAGCAACAGCAACAGCAACAGCAACAGCAACAGCAACAGCAACAGCAACAGCAACAGCAACAG